AAUGUCCGAUACAAGAAAUAUUCCAAUAAAAUUCCAACAACCAUUUUCUUCAACUUCUUCACAACAACAAAGUCCCCAACAACCCCAACCCCAACAAAAACCUUCUUCAGUUGACAGAUUACGUCAACUUGAAGCAGAAAUAACUAUAGAAGCAGCGGGUAUGCGUUUACCCGAUGAUGAUGCUUUAACUGAAAAAUUGGGUAAUUUCCUUGCCGAAAAGCACCCCCAAGCAGAUUUACAAAUAACUGUAAAUUCUGUUAGAAGAACAAUAACAACUAAACAACAAUAUGAAACGGAAACUCCGGGAAUGGUUGGUCUUAAUGUAGAGAAAUUGUUGGAAUUGCAGAGGAAAUUAAUGGAGAAAAUUAGUGCAAAUAAAAUUGAGCCAGCAAAAGAUGCUAGUGCCAAUCUUGAAGACGAGAAAAAAGAAAAAGAGGAAGAAUGGGCAAGAAGAGAACAUCCUGAAAUUCAACAAUUUGAACAAAUACAAGAAAGUUUCCCAGUUGAUGACACAACAAUGGUUACUAAAAAACGGACACAUAUAAUCUCUACUAGCCAAUCUCGUAUUAAAGGACUUGAUGAGUUUGCAUCUGCCGCUCCUUCUGCCGGUGCUGCAGGCUAUUCACCACAAUCAUCACCUGCAGAACAACAAUAUCCCAUUAGAGAUGAAGAAUCCCCACUACCACCAGAAUCCCUCUCAAUUUCAAUAACUUCACAACCAGAUUCUUUAAUGACGACAAGUUCAAUUAGUGUAAAAGAUAAAAUAGCACAAUUUGAAUUGCUUAAAAAAGUUGAGGAAAGUGAAGAUUCUGUUGAUGGAGCAAAAAGAAGAUUUGGGUGGCAUCCACAACCGAAAAAAACUCCAGAUAAGGAAAAAUCUGAAGAAAGAAAAAGUCCUCGAGACGAACAAAGACAACCAUCCCCAGUUGGCAGCGAUGUCCCUGGUGCAAAUAAAUCAAAAAUUCCUCGAAUAACUUCCCCAACUCGUUUAACGCCUUCACCUACAGUUUCCCCUCGAAAACACGAAGAAAAAUUUCAAGAAAUUGAAAAUAAUUUUUUAUUAGAAAAAUUUGAAGAAAAAGGAGAAGCAAAUUGUUUAAGAAAAGAAUAUACAAAAAUUGAAGAAUAUUUAUUUUUUGAAAUUAGUGAACCCUUAAUUGAAGAAGAACAACAUUUUAUACAGAAACCACAAGUUUUUCAUUCAAUUGUUACUGAAGAACCAUCACAUGUGGAAGCUUUUGGGGAAAUUGAAAGGAGAAAAAGAGAUGUUGAAAAAACUGAUUUAGAUUUAACUCACACCUUAGAAGAAGAUAAAGACGUACACUUUGAAGAUCAAACAGAAAAAGGAGAAUCGUAUAAAGAUGAGAUAUAUGAAAAAGAAAUUCUUCAAGAAACAGAAAAAUCAGUUAAGGAUAAAGAAAUUAUUGAAGGGGAGCAUGGAAAAGGAGAAUAUUUAAUUGAAAAUGAAGAAAAUGAGGAAGAGAGAAAAUUGGAAGAAUUGAAAAAAGAGAAAGUUGAAGAAGAAGAAGAUUUUGAAUUUGUUCAAAUGUCGAAGGAAGAAGAUGAAUUUGUAAAAAUGGAAAGUGAAAAAGAGGAAGAAAUUGAGGAAAAGGAGGAGGAAAAUAAAGAAAUAAUUGUAAUGAGCGAACCUCUACAAAAAUCUGAGCAAAUUCAAUCAACUGUGUGGCUUGAUAAAGUGCCUAUUGAAAGUUUUAUUAAUGAAAAAGAGGUUUUAGAAGAAAGAAAAGCACUAUUAUGGCCAGAGGAAGAGAAGGAGAAAUUAAACGAAACAGAAACUUUAAUUGAAGAAAACCCUUGGUGGAAUACAACAAAAACAAAAAAGGAAAUUUUAAUUUCUGAAGAAAAAUUAAAUGAAGAAAAUAAACCAGAAAUGUUAGAAAAUCAACAAAAAAUAUCUGUUGAGGAAAAAGAGAAAUUAAUUGAAGAAGAAAAGGAUGAAGAAGAAACAGAUGAACAAUCUAGCACUCACACAGUUAUACAUAGACCAGAAGUGCUUAUAGAAGAAGCUGUGGAUAUUACACCUUUAAUGGAUCGAGCAUUUUCACUACAGGGGGAAGAGGGUUGUCAAACGCCCACAAUGAGUGCAGCUCGUUGGAAAAGUUUGGAUGAACGUCAUUCCCCUUCUUCACUUAGUUCACCAGUCCAUUCUUACCCUUCCCCUUCACCUAUAAUUGAAAUUACCCCUCCACCAAUUGAAGAUGAGGAAGAAUGGGAAAGGCGACAAAUGAGGGACAAUGAAGAAGAGAGAAAUGUAAUCAUAGAAGAGGAGGAAGAGAAGAAUGGAUUUAAAGAAAAUGAUCGGAAGAAAGAAGAUGGGCAGAAAAAAUUAAUGGAAGAGGAAUAUGAGAAAAAAGUAGUGGAAGAAGAGUAUGAACAGAAAAGAUUAAUGAAGGAACAAGAGGAAGAAUUGAAGAGAUUAGUAGAGGAUGAAGAUGAGAGGGAUAAAUUUAAGGAGGAAGGAAAUGAGAAAGAUCAAUUAAUUGAGGAAGAACAAGAAGAUAAGAAAUUUGUAGAAGAAGAAAAGGUUGAAGGUGAACAGAAAUUAAUAAAAGAAGAGAAGAAGCUUAUAGAAGAGAAAGAGGAUGUGCGGAAAGAGUCUAUAGAAGAAAAUGAUAAACAUGGAAAUUUUAAUGAAGAAUAUGAUGAUAAGAAAGAAUAUGGGGAAGAUGAGGAUUUCGGGAAGGAAGAAUUAAUGGCAGAAGAGUAUGAAAAGAAACCGCUGACAGAUGAAAAUGAGGAUGGUGGAUUGAAGACUUUUAUUGAAAAAGAUGACGUAAAUAAGGAAUAUAUAGAAGAGGAUGAGCAGAAAAGAUUUAUCGAAGAAGAGGAUAGGAAGGAAGUAGUUAGUGAAGAAGUAGAGGAUGGGAAGAAGUUAUUAGUAGAGGAAGAGAGGAAAGAAUUAUCAGAAGAUAAAGAAGAUAUGAAAAAUGAAUCUAUCCAGGAAGAGAAAGAGAAGAAAGAAUUUACCGAAGAGAAGGAUGAGGAAAAGUUUACCGAUGAAAAGGAAGAAGACAAGGAAUAUAUCAUCAAAGAGGAUGUGGGGGAGAGAUAUACGGAAAAAGAGGAGAAAAUUGAACGUGCAGAAGAACAAAAAGAAGAUAGGAAGAUAUUUUUGGAAGAAGAAAAGGAAUAUAUAGAAGAGAAUGAGAGAAAAUCGUCAGAAGAAGAAGAAGUGGAGAAAGAAUAUAUACAAGAACAAGAGGAUAAGACGUUAAUGGAAAUAGAAAAAGAGUAUAUUGAAGAAGAGCAUGCUGGAAGAAAAUUUAAUGAGGAAGAGGAGGAAAGGAAAGAGAUUAUAGAAAAGCAAGAUGAAAGGAAUAUAUUAUUGGAAGAAGAGAAUGAAUAUGUGAAAGAUGUGGCUGAAGAAAAGAAAUUUACGGAAGUAUUGGAAAAGAUAAGAGAUUUUACUGAAGAAGAGGAUGAGAAGAAAUUGCUCGAAGAAGAGAAGAAGGAUCUUAGUGAAGAAAGGUAUGAAAAGGAUUUAAUAGAAAAAGAAUAUUUGAAAGAGGAGGAAGAGAUACAAGAAGAUGAGCAGAUUAAGUUUAUGCAAGAAGAACAAGAAAAGAAUGAACUUAUGAAGGAAAAGGAUGAAGAGAGAAUAUCUUUAGAAAAGGAGAAAGAGUAUAUUGAGGAAGAGAAUGAUGAAAUAAAAUCUAAAGAACAAGAGGAGGAGAUAAAAGAUUAUAAUAUAGAAAAACAUGAAGAAACGAAGGAAACAUUUUUGGAUGAAGAAAAGGAAUAUAUAGAAGAAGGGGAUGAAGGAAGGAAACUGACGGAGAAUAACGUCGAGAAAGAUGAACAUAUACUAGAAGAGAAGACAUCUUUGGGUGAAGAGAAAGAAUAUUUCAAAAUGAAUGAGGAGGAGAAAUUGAUGGAGGGAGAGCCUGAAAAGAAUGAACAUAUAGUAGAAGAAGAAGAUGACAGGAAAACAUCUUUGGAUGAAGAAAAAGAAUAUUUAAAAGAAGAGGGGGAGAAAUUUACGGAGGGAGAGCUCGAGAAUAUUGAACAUAUAGAAGAACAAAAAGAAGAUCAGAAGAUAUUUUUAGAAGAUGAAAAGGAACAUAUAGAAGAUGUUGAGAGAAAGAAAUUACCGGAGGAAGAGGAAGGAAAGAAAGAAUAUAUAGAAAUCCAGAAGGAAGAGGAUAACUUAACGGAUGAAGAUAGGAAGGAAUAUAUUACGGUAGAAGAGGACGAGAAAAUAGAACUAACAGGCGAAGAAGUAAAUAAUGAUCAAAAGAGCUAUAUUGAAGAAGUUGAUGCUGGAAGUAUGUCUAUGGAAAAGGAGGAAGAAAAGAAAGAGUAUAUGGAAAAACAAGAGCAAGAAAUGAAGACAUUUUCUGAUGAAGGAGAGAAGGAAUAUAUUGAAGAAAGGGAAGAAUUAACAGACGAAAAAGUAGAUGAGGAUCAGAAAAAGUGUUUUGGAGAAGAAGAUGCUAAAAAGAAAUUUCUGGAAGAGGAGGAAGAAAGGAGAGAAUAUAUAGAAAAAGAGGAAGAGAAGAAUUUUUUGGAAGAAGGCAGGAAAGAAUAUAUUGAAGAAAUAGAGGAAUUAACAGACGAAAAAGUAGAUGAUGUUCAGAAAGAAUAUAAGGAGGAAGAGGGAGAAAAAGAAUGUAUUGAAGAAGAUCCUCAAAGGAAACUUAAGGAUAACGUGGAUGAGAAGAGGGAAUCUAUAGUAGAAGAACAUGAGGAUGAAAGUGGAAAAUUUGUUGAAGAAGAAAAAUUAGAAGAUGAGUAUAAGAAAUACAUGAGUGAAAAGCAUGAUAUGAGGGAGUUGACAGAAGAAAAGGUAGAUGAUGAUAGGGAAAAAUUUAUGGAAGAGGUUGAACAAAGCAAAUUAAUGGACGAACAAGAGGAUGAGCUACAGAGAUCUAUGGGAGCAAAGGAUGAUCAUAGGAGAUCUAUGGAAGUACAUGAAGAGAAGAAGGAAUAUAUAGGAGAGGAUGAGAAAAGGCAAUUAAUGGAUGAGGAGAGAGUUCAAGUGGAGAGAGAUCCUAAGGAAUUUGUUGAUGGGGAAAAAAGAGAGGAAGAAAGGAAGGAAUUUACAGAAAAGGGCGAAGAGAUGACGAAAUUUACUGAAGAAUUUGAUGAACAGAAGAAAUUUCUUCAAGAUAUUGAUGAACAUAAGAACUUUACCGACGAAAGGAAUGAGGAGUUAAUGAAAGAAAAAGAGGAAGAGUUUCAUGGAUUAAAAGAAGAUGUUACGCAGAAGAAUCUUAUAGAGGAAGGGGAUGAAUCGAAAGUAUUUAUUGAAGAAAGAAUUGAUGAAAAGAAAGAAUUUAUGGAAAAAGAGGAAGAUGAUAAAUCCAUCAAAGGGGAUGAUAGGAAAUUAAUAACAGAAGAAUACGAGGAUGAGAAGAAAUUUAUGGAAGGAAAGGAUACGAAGGAAGAAUUAAUAUUAGUAAAGGAUGAGCCGAAGGAAUUUGUUUACGAGGAUGAAAAUGGUAAAUUUUUGAAAGAAGAUGAACAUAACAAAUUUAUCGAAGAAGAUCAAAAUAAAGUGAUUAACGAACAAGAAGACGAGCUGAAGAGGUUAGAGGAAGAUGAACGGAAGGAAAUUAUGAAAACUGAUGAAUUAGAAAAAGAGCAUUUAUUUGAAAAAGAAGUUGCUAAACAAGCUGGUGAACUUGUUGAUAAUGCUAUUAAACGAGCACUUGAGGACAGUAUGAUACUUCAACGUGAUACUCAUCUUGAGGAGGCUGAAAAUGUUCCUGGCUAUAGAAAAGAGGAGGAAAUGAAGAAAUUUACUGAAGACGUUGAUGAACAGAUGAAAUUUACAAAUGAAAGAGAUAAGGAGUUAAUGAAAGAACAAGAUGAAGACUUGCAGCGGUUGGAAGAAGAGGAUAAACAGAAAAAUUUUAUCGAGGAAGGAACAAAAUUGACAGAUGAAAAAUUAGAUGACGAAGACAACAAGGAUGAACAAAUUUUUGUAAAUAUUUCCGAAUCUAGAAAAUCCUCUGAAUCAGAAGAGGAGGAUGAAGAAAUAUCCUUACUGACAACAGAGGAGAAAGAAGAAAAUGAAGGAGAAGCCAAUAAUUCUCCCGAAUUAGUAUACGGAGAUGGUGAUGAAGAAUUAAGUGGAGAAAAUAGUCAACAAAGCCCUUCAGAAUUGUAUAAAGCUGGGGAAGGAGAAGAGGAAAGAAGGGACCAUCAUUCUUUAUUACCUUCUUCUUCACUUCUUUUACCCUCAGGAAUACCGAGAAGACCAAAAUCCCCACUUCCACCUCCAAUUGCUGCAACACCACCACAGACAGGAAAAGUGGAGAAUAUUGAAAAGGAUAAAGAAAAAAGGGAGGAAGUGGAGGAAGAAGUGGAAAUUGAAGAGAUUAAACGAGAUGAAGAAGAGGAGGAAUCUAUGCUUUUAAGCGAUGUUAAAAUGCCUGUUGAUAAUUUACUCGUGUUUUCUACACAUAAAGAUGGUGAUGAGGAUGAAGAGCAUUAUUUUGGACCCACAAUUUCAGAGGAACGUGAUACUCUUGGUCCCGACUUGAUGAUUGUACAUUCAAAAAGUUUGGAGGAAGUAAAAUCACAUGGGAAGGAUAUAAUUGACGAUCCAUGGCUUUCCUCUUUUAUUAAAGAACAAAAAGAGGGAGAGGAUUGGGGACAGAAAAAAAAGGUGCAAAUUGAAGAAACAGAAGAAGGAGAAGAAGAGCCAUUAGAAGAACCUCAACAUCAAAUAGGAGGUUCUCUUGAUACCUCACCAUCAGAAAAAAGACGUAGACGAAGUUCUGCUGCUUCAGUUCAUGGUUCUACAAAUGGAAGUUUAUCUGAAUUUGAAAGAAUUGAACAAGAAAUAAUUGAAGGAGGAGGAAGUGCAAAGAAUCUAAAUUCAAGUCCACAACAUUCUCCUGAGGCUGGGGAAGGAAAAAGAAGAAAAUCGGCUGGAAAGCAGCAACAUCAAUCACCAACUAGAGAUGGAGGUGUUGGUGCUGCUCAUAGAGGAUCUGCCGAUUCACUCAAUGAAUUCGAACAAUUGGAAAGAGAAAUACACGAAGCUGUUGCUUCUGAAGAUAUAAUGAUGUUGAGUGAUAUUAGAGAGGAUGAAGAAGGUGAAGAAGUAGAAGGUUAUGAAUUAAGUGGAGAAGAAAUUGAAGAAGAAGAGGAGGAGGAAAAUGAUGGAAGGGAUUAUUUAGGGAAGGAAUUAAAAAAAGAGAAUAAUAAUAAUGAAGUAAUGAUGAUUAGUUCUGGUUAUGAUUCUAGUGGACAAACACAACAAAUUGAAUUAAUUGCUCAACAACAAUCUCCUGAAUCUGAAAAAAUAUUACAAAUAUCAUCAAUAGAAAGAUCGUCAGAAAGUCUAACAGAAACCCCGCCUCCCCCAAAACAAAUACCAGAUGAAAAAGAAGAAAAACAAGAAGAGGAAGAAGAUAAAAUAAUUACAAAUAUUUCUCCAAAACCAAAAAUAAUAUCAGAACAACAAAAACCAGAAUUUAAAGGAAAAACAGAAGAUUUAUUUAAACAACAAAAAGAAAUAAUUAAAAAACAAAAUAUUCCUUCAACUUCUGAAAAGAAAGAAGGAGAUUUUGUUUUUGGUGGGGGAGGAGGAGGAGAAAUAAUAGUUCCGAGUGGGGGAAGUUUAGAUAAAGAAGAAGAGGAUGAUGAUGAUUCUGAAAAAACAAUUUUUGAAACUGUUAGUGUAAAUUCGGCUGAUGGAAGUGAAGAAAAGAUUGUUAGAACAGCAAUAACCAGAGUUCGUGAUCCAAUUUAUAGCCGUGUCCGUUUUGCCGGUACUGAGGAUGAGCAACAAAUAAAAGCAAUUUUAGAAAGUGGGAGGACAGAUGAAUUUGAAUUGAGAGAUCCAGAAGGAAAUAUAACACGUUUAAGAACUGUUGUUGAAAGGGGGAGUACUAGUAGUAGUACUUGAUUUUUAAAAUUAAUUAAAGUUUUGUGUUUGGGUUGACACAAUUUUUGAGAAUUUUUUUUGUUAAAUUUUAGAGAGAAUCUUUAAUUUAAUUGUGUCAAACACUCAUUUCCCUUUUGCCAUUUUUUAAAAAUAUUUUUAGUUAUUUAGAAUUUAUUCUUUGCCUUUCUUCUUUUAAUUUUGAAAUGCUCGAUCGCUUUUCUUUUACUCUCAGCUUUUUCUUUUUUAAACUUUGCAUUUUUUAUUUAAAAAAUAUUUUCCCAGUUUCUUCUUUUUUUU